AUCGAUGUUUAAUUUCAGGAUCUAGGACAAGUAUCAGAAACCAUGAUUUGCGAGCUGUUCGAGAGAGUUCGCUACCAGAACAAAAGCGACAAACUGGUUCUCACAGUCAACGAGAAGCAAAAGUUGAAGCUCAGCUGGACAACCUUCAUGGGCGCCAGCCCCACACAGGCUGGGCUUGACAUGUUCUACAGGAUGUUCGAAAAGUACCCAGAAACCCAGUCUGUUUUCUCCUUCGCCUCUACCAAAGCCGAAGGACAAAUGCAAGAUACCUCCCGUCUCAUGCUUCACAUCACCAUGGUAUCCAAGAUGAUCGGCGAGGUUGUCGAUAAGCUUGACAACCUAGAGAGCAUCGUCCCAUCUCUUCUUACCCUCGGUGGCAGACACGGAACCAAUGGUUACAACAUCCCACGUGACUUCUUCCCUUUCUUGGGUGAAUCACAACGAGAGUUGAUGAAAGAAAAGAUGGGCGAUUCCUUCACAGAUGACCACAAUGCGCUUUGGACCAAACUGUACCAAUUCAUCAUCGACGUCAUGAUUGAGGGACAGGAAAAAUACAAUUAGACACAACAUGUGGACAUUGAUUCGGCCACACUUCGCCAUGGUAGUUCAUCUCUUUCAUUAAUGUGCUUCUUUGGCAGAAGGUGGUCUGAUGUGAUACUGGUAUUAACAUUGUUGGUCAUUUUUAAGACAUAUGUUAAAUUUGGGCUCAAAAUUAGCGUCAAUUUUAAAUGUCAUUUAGGUUCAAAGAGACUCAAUUUUGAUUUUAAAUUGACCACAAAACAUAGUUGUGCAUAUGUACACUUGUCUGUUAAUAAAUAAAAAACUGUUAUUACAUAAAAUUAA